CACUACCUCCCAUACGCUUUCCCUCUUUCCCCUUCCUCGUAGCCAUUGCCGAAUAUUGUUUGCUGUGCCUCGUUCAAUCGAAGCAGAGAAUAUUGAGGGACUGUGUGUUCUACUGCCUCCGCAGGUUUCGCAUCUGAAUUUCCUCUUUCUGUAGACCCAGGAGUAAGGCGGACGUAGAGUCGAGUAGCGCAGACAUCAGCACACGCUGCAAAGUGAAGACGUGGGCGAACUGUGGUGGAACAGCAUAGCUACAGUUGCGUGCUUGGUACUGUGGGAACUCAAUCGCAGUUGCCUGAUCGCCUGCGACUUGUCCACAUCAGAGGGUACCCGAAGGUCCGGGACGUGACUUUUCUCACAUUGUCCAGCAAGACCUCUCCCCUUCCCUCUUCUUUACCCUCUUGUGCUCGACGUUCACUUCAUACGAAAGUCUCACUUCUGACUGCUGAAGCUCACCCCGCUCUACAUACGCAUCAAGCAUCAUGUACUCAGGUUAUCCUUCACAACCAUCGUACGCCGGUCCUCCGCCGAAUACUUUCAAUCCGCACGCGGCUGGCGGCUCUUCAGCAUGGCAACAAUACCCUCAAGCAGGUUAUCCGAACCAAGGUCAGGGCUACGCCAAUGACCCCUCUUCAUCGGCAUCGGCAAUGUCGAUUGCGACGGAUCCCGAUGCCUUUGCUCGCAUGUACAACUCUCACCUCGCAUCCCUCACAUUCAACUCUAAGCCUAUCAUUACCAACCUCACAGUAAUGGCACAUGAGCAUGUUCAGCAGAUGUCGAACGUGGUAGCGAGAUGUCUCGACGAGCACAUUGUCCAGGCACAGCCACCGUAUCGGCUUCCGGCUCUCUACGUCUUGGACUCCAUCAGCAAGAACAUCGGCGCUCCCUACACUGCAUUGUGGGCUCAGCGCAUUGCACACCUCUUUCUUGAUACAUACAGGGUAGUCGAUCAGCAAACAAAGAUGAGAAUGGAGGAGCUGUUGGCAACAUGGCGUACCGGUGGUCAGGGUGGCAGUCCUCUCUUUGGUGGCGAUGCUCAAUGGGCGAUUGAGAGGAAUAUCUAUGGCUCCUCUGGCGUACCAGGUGGCCCCGCUCCGAUGCGGCCACCGCCUGCUAUGCGACUCAACACUCCCACCGCCCACUCUCCGCGUGCAAUGCUUUCUCCUGUCCCGCCGAGUCGCUCGCCCGAAGCCACUCGUGCAAUCGAACAAAUCGAUCGCCUUCUCGCACUCAUGUCGGCAGAUCAGCAGCGAAACCUCCCCUCUUUCAAUCCUCAGCGAAUGGCGGCGUUGAAACAGUUGAGAAACGUCGUCGCCACUGCCAAUCUCUCUCCUCAAGAGAUGACCCAGAUUCAGACGCAAUUGAAUGCAUUGGCGGUGGAAUUCAAGAGGGAUCGUGGCGGAAGCAGUACGCCUACGUUGCCUUCAGCCUCUCUAGCGCCCGCGCCGCAAGGUGCACAGGCGACCUCAUACGGAGCGCCGGGCGGUGGCGACCGAUCGACACUCGUGGGUGGUGCUCCCCCGAUUCCAGCCAACUUGUCGGCUGCUUUGGCAAGUCUUACUCGCCAGGGUCUAAUCGGCGGACAGCAGUCGGGAGUCAAAAAUUCUCCCGUCCCAAUUCACCCACCGCCCGCUCCAGCAGCUGCGGCUCCCAGUGACGAUUUGGUGAAAAGCUUGAUCGCUGCAGGCCUAUUGCCCGCCAGCAGCAGCGCCACCGGCAAUGCUAAGCCAGCUAAACAGGACGAUGCUUACACGUCUGCCAUUAUGUCGCUGGACAUCAAGCUCACCUCGAUCGAUCUGCAAACAGAGCUGACGCUGGACUUGGUGGACCUGGUAGGUCACAAGUAUCUGCCCCUACAAUGUCGCCAAUGUGCCAAUCGCUAUCCAGCAGGACCGGCUGGGCAGAAGAGUCUCGAUGCGCACCUCGACUGGCACUUCCGUCAAGGUCGAAGGGCGAAAGAUUCGGCCGCAAGGGGCCUGAGCCGAUCAUGGCUUGAUACGGCCUCUGAAUGGUUGCGUGGUGGUCAAGAUGAUCCCUCUACAUCCCUAUCUUCGACGAGUGGUGCAGAUGGCAAAAAGGGCCUCUCCGCUCAACAAGAGGCGGAGCUCAAAGAAGCUACAGACAUGUGGAUCGUGGCUCCGACUGAUUCGGAGAAGACGAAUGAGCCGUGCCCGAUCUGCAAGGAGAAGUUUGUUUCAGAAUGGUCGGAAGAUGAAGAGGAGUGGAUCUGGAAGAAUGCGCGAAAGGUCGACGAGGAGAUCUACCAUGGAAGCUGUUACUAUUCUGCGAGGGUCCUCUCUACGAAUGUUGCCAAUCGGGGCACUACGGGUACUCCUGGAGCGAGGGCAUCUACAGAGGGCCGGAGGUCAAGGACGGCUACACCCGAUGUGGAUCUGAAUAGGUCCGCUGCACCUUCGGCGAAUCCCCUGGACCGUUUGAAAGGCGAGGAAGGGGCCCUUGGGGGUCAUGCGGCGAGCAAGAAGCGCAAGGAGGGACCAUCUGCGGGUGAUGAUGAUGCAGCAGCAGCAGGUCAGGGCGGGGUUGAAGGUGGUGAGCCAGAGGGGAAGCGGGUCGCCCUCGAGAGCGAGGCAUAGAGGGCAGAGCAGGG